AUGGAGAAGGUCCAGCAAAUGACCCGCUCUGCUAUGAGGAGAGCCUCAACUAUUGAGGUCAACCCACAAGCACGCCAAAGGCUCCAAGAGCUCUUUGUGAAUUUCUGCCUGAUUUUAAUUUGCCUCUUGCUGAUCUGUAUCAUUGUGAUGCUCCUCUGAAGCUCAGCACUUCUCUGCACUGUCCUCUAGGAAAGUCACCUCAAAGGGAAGACAGACCUUCACCUGCAACUCUCACUGCAUGGAUCCUCUUGUGGGAGGGGCUAGCACUUGGACUAGAGCUGUAUGCCAACUAUUGCGCUCUUCUCUU